GCAUAAUUUUGAAGUUUAUGAAGUUUAUUUUGCAUUUUGCCAACCGCACCCUCUGUUAUGUGCUUCAAGAAUUUAGAAAUUUUAUUGGUACAAUUAUAUUCGUAAUGGUGUUCGACCGUGUGUAAUUUAAAACUAUUAAAUAAUCAUGUCGUUAGAGACUCGAUCGACUUCAGCCCUUUUCAAAAGGGCAGAACAGCUGAAACGUUGGGAGGAAUCUGAUACAAAUCGGGAACCAGUGACACCGAAACAAAAAACUCGUAAAAUAAAAUUUUCCUCGGGAUGUGUUUUUCUAGCUGCAUGUGCCGCUGGUGACAAAAAAGAAGUGUUGGAACUAUUACAUAAAGGAGCAGACAUUAACACUGCAAAUGUGGAUGGACUGACGGCUUUGCAUCAGGCAUGUAUCGACGACAACCUAGACAUGGUGGAGUUCUUAGUGGAGAACGGAGCGGACGUCAACAGGGGGGACAACGAAGGUUGGACCCCUUUGCACGCCACUGCCAGCUGCGGUUUCCUCUCCAUAGCGAAAUACCUCAUCGAAAAAGGGGCCCACGUAGCGGCCGUUAAUAAUGACGGGCAGCUCGCCAUCGAUAUUGCCGAAUGCCAAAAGAUGGAGGAGUUGCUGAAAGAAGAAAUUAAUGAACGAGGUAUUGAUUGCGAGGCGGCUAGAAAUGAAGAAGAAUUGAUCAUGUUGAGGGAUGCCAAAGAUUGGUUAGCGACUAAAAGUCCUUUAGUCAAUGUACCACACCCAAAAAAUGGGGCGACUCCCCUACAUGUAGCAUGUGCCAAAGGGUAUUCUGAUGUUAUUAAAAUAUUAUUACAAUCUGGAGCCGAUAUUGAUGCUCAAGAUGUUGACGGAUGGAGCCCAUUGCAUGCUGCUGCGCAUUGGGGCCAGAAAGAGGUGUGCCAAAUUUUGGCCGAGAAUUUGGCAGAUAUGGAAUCUAAAAACUUUGUUGGACAAACAGCUUUUGACUUAUGUGACAGUGAUAUGUUGCCUUUCGUUGAGGAGCUUAGGAAAAAGCAAAAUAAAGAAGAAGUAUUUAAUAGAAGAAUGGCGAAAAAGAGAGUGGACGUCAACGAUAGAAAUUUGGAAUCGGAAACACCUAGUAAAGUUAAAAAGGUCGAUAUUGGUUCCGAGAACGAAUCCAAAGUUAUUGAAAAUACGGACAUGGACGUAUCGAGCGAGAGCGAGUCGGAUUCAGAAACAACUGAAAGCAGCUCUGAGUCUGAAUCGGAAAGCUCAGACGAGGAAAAGAAAAAUAAGUUGAACGCCAUCAGUGCUAAUAAUGAAAUCACUAGCAAUACAGCGAUUGGACAGAAAAUAGUUGAAGACAAUGAGCAAAUAACAGCUAGGAGAAAAAUCAACAAACAAAAUUCGGAUCUAAGUCCAACGAAAAUAAACGCUAGCAAUAAUUUGACUAAUUCUAUUGACACAAAAAUUGACGCCGAAGUAACUUUAAGGAAGCCCCCAAUUGUACAAUCUGAUAGACUGGCUAGGAAAGAAGACAAAAAAGAAACCGUCAGCAUUCCUGCCAGUCCCACUACCCCCACCACCACAACAACUAACAUAUCACAAGAAAAGACUUCACCAGUGACUAGUCCACAACCUACUAAUAAUCAGCAACUAAGAAGCGGUCUAAAGUUACAAUUAGGCGUUCAACCGCCUAAAGCUGCGGCCGCCUCUCCGCCAAGUCCAGUCAGUAAUACUCCUACGACUCCGACAACUCCGGGCGGAACCAGACUGCAGAUGCUCAAAAACUUCUUUAAAUCGUUUGUACCUCCUGUGAGAGACGAGGAGAGCGAAACGCAAAGGAAAGCCCACGCUAAGAGGGUCAGAGAAACACGCAGGUCGACGCAAGGUGUUACGUUGGAAGAAAUCAAAUCUGCUGAGCAAUUAGUGAAGCAGAAAAAUCAGCCCAACGGCGGUACUGCUAACGAAUCAAAGUUUUUGUUAGAAGACGCCACCAAACCGGCCAAUGAACCUCCCAGCACACCGUCGUUUAUUCGCAGAUCCAAUCCAGCCAAUGCCAUCCAAAGACCUUCUUCGGCGCCAUUGGAGACUGCAGACACAACGACGAUAACGCUCCCAUUGAGGAAACCUAAGUCCAUAGAAGAAAAAGACCAAGAUAAGGAAAACGAUAUAAGAAACGCGCAAGCGACUUUGGCAACACAGGCGGCUAUUCAGAGGAGACGGAGGCCGAAGAGGAGAUCGACUGGGGUUGUUUCCUUCGAUAACGUUGAUGAUUUAGAUCAAGAGAAGGAUUCUUCGAGUGGAAAAGACUGUGAUGAAACUACUAAAUUAAAUCAUUUGGAGAGCGGCACAGACCGAAGUAGCAGAUCUAGGAUAGGAAGUUCUUCGGAUAUCCGGAACGAGAACGGCGAAAUCGACUACAAGAAGUUGUACGAGCAACAGCUGGUUGAGAACGAGAGACUAAAAGACAAACUCAGAAAGAACGACGAGGAACUUAGAGAGACCAAACAGACCUUGGAGAAAAUAAACUUGGUAACGAGUAAAAAUUCUUUGUCAGAACUAGAAAAACGAGAAAGGAGAGCAAUGGAAAGAAAACUGAGUGAAAUGGAGGAAGAACUAAAGAAUCUGGAAAACUUGAAAACAGAAAAUCAGAGGUUAAAAGAUGAAAACGGUGCUCUUAUCAGAGUGAUCAGUAAACUGUCGAAGUAGCAUAAGUUCUAGUUGUUAUCAUUCAUUGCAUUUUAUGUUUUAAGGUGAAUUAAUAAUUUAUUGUCUUAGAGAGUAAUUAAACAUUAGGACACAGGUCGAUUCACAAAAUGAGUUAUAACAAAGGAUUUUUUAAAGAAAUAAAUCGAUUGAACAUUGGAUUUAACGGAAAAUUGUGAUAUAUAAUAUAUAUUAAUUAGUUUGCUCAAAUUUUUUUUUUUUAAUAACUUGCAAUAAUGAAUAGUGAUACGUUUUUGUAUGAAUCGCCCUGUAUACGCUAUUUCGAAAACAUCAUCGGUUCCGUUUUGUGAAUCGCCCUGUACGAAUAUGGGGCCUUACACUUUUUAAUCCAGAAAUCAGGUUUGGCCCAGAAUCCACCCCCUCCCCGUAUAUAAUGAAAAAAAAAAUCUUAAUUUAUAUUAUUUUUAUUUAUACCCUAGUACAAACUGUAUUAUGUGAGACGUUUUAGAACUGGUUUUAUUUUAUAGUUUGUCUCACCACUGCAUUGCGGAUGUUUUUUAUUUUGGGAGUUAAUUUUUGGCACGUUCUUGACUUGUAUGUAUAUACUUUUUUUGUAAAAAAAAGUCGCCAAGCGAUUUUAUUUAUUAGACCGUUUAAGAUUUAAAAUAUUUAUUUUAGCGUGUGGAGUUUAUUCCAAAUUUGACUCUUUGUCAAUAAUCUUCUUCAAAUAUAUCAAAUUGAAGCUGAAAAAAUAAUGCAGAAUCUUCAACAAUACAAUACCUCAAGUUGGUUAAAAUAAUGCCACUGACGAAUUUGACAUAACUGACAAUUAAAUUGUCAUAAAUUUCUUGCUUCGCCAUAUCACGUGAAAUAUGGUUAUUGUUGAAAGCUCUGUAUAUGAAUCUGACGACAAAACAUAUUAAUUUCUUCCUAGAAAUAUCUAAGGUUUAUAUUCUUUUUGUGUAAUAUCUAAUGUCACAUCAAAUGUCAAAAACGUUUGAUUCUCUUCUGGUAUAUCUCCGAUGCCACAUCGAUGGCUCAAUCAAAAACCGCCACAAGUCAAAACAAAGAAAAUUACAUUUUUGGUUCAAUGGAUGCAAAAUAUCAUUGGAGUUUUUAUUUUAAAUAUCGCUACAAACCAAAAUAUUCUUAAGAGAUGCCCAAAAAUCAUUUAAAGUCUAGCCACAACUCAAAACUGUAUCUAAAACUCCCUCAAUUCGGGUUAUUUUCUGCAAAACAUCCAAUUUUUUUUACAAACUACGCAAUAACUCGAGUUACGGUGCUUUUAUAAUCGUAAUCGUUAAUUUUAAGAGCAAAAUGUCGUAGCUUUUAAAUAAAAUAUAAAGAUUUUAUGUCAAAAACAAAAUAAUGAUAAUAGAGACUUACAAAUUUCAAACUGAAAUUCCUCGAAACAAUAGUAUUUUAGUUGUGGCAGUAUUUGAUAAAGCCAUCGACAUAGUGAUUAUUGUUUGAAAUAAAUAUUUAGUACGUUUUUGAUGCUUGACCUAAUUCCCGACGUUUUAGGUAUCAUUUUUGACGUUUGAUUUGUCUUUUUUCGCACCAGUGCACAUAAACAAUAUCCUACAAUACAAUAACCUGAUCAGACAUCAGGUUACUUUUUAGUUUAAUAGAGUAAUUUUUCUUUAGACACUUUUUCAGAGUUUAAAUUGGAAUAAGCUCCAUACAAAACUAAAUCUUCCGAAAAAUGCCUUGAUAAAAAGACUGUAAACAUUAAAAAUCAACGAUCAACGACUCGUAACUAAUUCGCAGCUACGAGAAUAAAAGAAUCAAAAGCACUAUUGCAUAGUGCAAUUAUUGUCUUUGAAUCUGAGUUUUACCAAAUUUUUAUUUCACUGCGUUUAUCGAUUAUCUUUAGACACAUCUUUUGAUUUUUAUAAUCUCGAAGCCAUUUGUAUCAUAAAGUUUAUACUUGAAUUUCUUGCUUUGUUGUGACCAUAGGGCGCUUGCAUGAACUGCUUACAUGACACAGUUCACUACAAUUCCAGCACUUGGUAGUCUUUGUCUUCAUCUUGUCAGUAAGGCUCUUCAUCAUGUUAACCAAUUGGUUGCGUUUAUCUUCCACUUUUUCCUCUUUUACAGUCUUUAUUUGCUAGUGUGUAUCCAAAAUAAACCUGCGUAGCUGCCUCAUAUUCAAGAGCAGCGACAAGACAUCGACCAAUGUUUUGUGACGGGCUAAAUGGAGUGUUCUUUGCAUUUCAUGGUCACAUAGACCAUCAACAAAUUUUUGGACAGCCAAACAUUCUAUCAUAUUUUGUGGAGCUGAUGGGUACUCAAAUCGUACCAACCUGACAAUAUCUACUUCAUAUUCUUGGAAGAGCCUCGUCUCGUUUCUGUUUGCGAUUCUUUAACUGUGAUUGAUACAAAUGCUCGUAUUGUUUGUGACCAUAUCGCAUUAAAUAAAUAUCAGAAGCAACUGCAUUUUCAAAAAAAAAAAAAAAAAAAAAAAAAGAUAUUUGAAGAAACUGGAGAAAUUAUAGAGAAAGACGCAUUAUCUGAAAAUAGAUAUGUACCCGGCACCUCCAUCCAUGGCAUGCGAACCAUUUUCGACUAUCCGCGACCAUAGUGAGCUUUGGAGGUUAACUUAUUUCAACGGGUAUUAUAGGUAACGGAAAAAUGGAAGCCUCAAAAGGCUUAAAUAAGAGUGAGUGACUUCAAAAAUUAGAGCAUGACCGGACAAGACCUCUAAGCUUAUUGUAGCAGCUACUCUUGAGAAAACCAAUUCCUGAUUCUCUUUCAUUGUUUCCUCAGAUUUUGUGUGCUGUACACCAAAGGACCAUCCCCCUAUAAUAAUCAGAAUUACUUUUAAAGAUAAAUGCAUCAUAAAAGCGCAAUAUCCCUUAAAUACUGUUUUUUCAAAGUUUCAACAGUUGAUUUUCGUAUAUGGCAUUUUGGGAGUCCAUAAAAUACUUAUGACCAUAGUCUGAAUGGGUGACCAAAUUGACAGAGCCUGGUGCCCGUUUGGACCGUGGAAUAUAUGUUUAGAACGCUGAAACGCAAGCCUGAUUGAGGAGAGCCAGUGGCUAGACUCAAGUCUGAUGGAAGGGAACCUGUCAGAAUCCCUCAGGGGGAAAGAGGGAUGCCUGAAAGCGUGAAGACAAAGUAAUCAGGUAAUAUUUAUUGUUCAAGUCAGGCAUUCACCAGUAUUCCAUCAUCUCCUGGUAUAUGUUUAAGAGUGAAUACUAUACCAGGGAUUUGAGAGAAGAUUGCAAAUAAAUUUCUUAUUCUUUGACUUUACAACCUAUGAGUUCAACCUGUUCUUGUUCAACAAUAGUCGCCAUUGGCUUCUACUUUGUACUCUUCUAUAUCCUCUACAAACUCUACUUACUUUUUCAACAAAAUCAUCUUUUUAAUUUUUUUGGUUCUUCCUCUAAUACUUCCUCCAAAACUUCUCUGAUCUAUAGCUCGUUUGCUUCUGCUUUGUCCGUCCUAAACUAUCAUUCUCUGGUCGUAUCACUUAGGUGUUCGCCCGAUCUAACUGCUAGUGCCUUUUAAACACAAAGUGUAAAUUUUUUGAUUCUAGUUUUUGUAGACACAAUUUGGUCCUUCGAGCCCGUAUAUUUGGUAAAUGCAAGCGAAUUAGAAUUUGGUCAAAUUCGGAGCUUAUUAUAAAUCGCUAGUUUUGCAUUUUUAUAUGUAGCGUAAACAAUAUACACAUCGUUUUUUUGGGUACAGCAUUUUAUAUAUAAAAACAUUCUGCCCAAACCUAGUUUUCCAUUGAAAAUUGAGCGGACCGUCGUCUAAAGUUUUUAUAGUACUUAGAGUAUUAUUGUUUGUAUUUAUUGACUUAUCGACAAUAUUUGAAAUGUUUGUAAUAUAUAAGGUAGGAUUCUACAGGAUGUUGUAAAGUUUUCGGCCGGAUGCAAAACGAAUUUGACUUUAUUUUGACGUAUUCAAGUUUUAAACUUUUCUUUUAAUUAAAAGGAAAUGUAUAUAUUGAACACAUAAAAGUUUUGGGUUAUGGUUGUUGAUGGGUGUAAUUUUGGGAAAAACUAUUAUAAUGGUUAUCGCAGAAAUGAUUAAAAGUUUAUUUGGGCGUAGUAAUAGCUCAAACAUAUCCUUAGUAACGAAAACCAUCUUUCUCUGUCCUAAAUGUACAAAAAUUACGUACACGAUUUUUUUUUUUAAAUGAACCCUUUACUUAAAUCUAUUAGUUUGGAACGAACUCAAGCAAUUCUUAAAUAUAACACCAUUAGUGGAUCAAACUACAAUCCAUUGCACACUCUAAGUCUCCAUAUUUGUCAACUAUUUCUAUGCAUUCUUGUUCUAUAAAUGGCGUUGUUAACGUAUACAAAUUCCUGUUGUUAUGUUGUUUUCAAGACUAAUUUCUAUUGUGGCUGUAGUUGUUGUAACGGCAAUCAAUCUAUUUGAAUUAGAAUGUUUUAAAACCCACAAGUUUCUUUAAUGAAUUGGGAUCCAGUUAUAGUUUUCUAAGCUUAUUUUCUAACUAGGUGGUAUCUUCCCUAUUGCCCCAUCAGUUCUCAUGCUCUCGGCAUCUAUUUCAAAUUGACUGCCAUGUUUGGCAAUAAAAUAUCUUCUGAAACUGCGACAUAUUUACAUUUAUGUUCAUUUUGUUUCAAUCAUGAAUCUUAAACAUAUCAUCCAGCUUUCUGAAAUUGCUCCUAGCUCUAUUGAGUGGAUUUAAGUGAGUUUUUCAUAUGUUUGAACGGCUGGUCAAUAUAAUUCUGAUAAUUUUAAGUUUAUUUUCAUCUUAUGGCAGCGCAUGUUUCUAGUGGUACAAAUGCCCUUUCGAACUCUGUAAAUAGUAAAUAGUGUUUAAAAUGGCUGAUGUCAUUUUCUCUCAGUAGAUGACGUCCAACUACUCCCUUAAUUCUUUGAGGAAUUUAGAGAACAGUAACAAAUCUUUAAAUGUACAUUACUUUACGAAGCAUGUUGGCUAAGCGUGGUUUAUAAAUAUGAAUUUAAGUAGAACACGGUGUUUCCAAAUGACGUGGUCGAACCUUAUUGGUAUUUUAAAUCAGACGAGAUCUGUUUUUGGAACCAAAUAAACUGUUGUUAUAAAUAAUGAACAAUCGGUUUUAAAAUUUCGGAAACUUAUUGGUUAUAGAUCCGAAAACUAAGAUAUUAAUAUUUUUUAGAAAUCCACACACAAAUCCCUAAAUUACCUCUUGGAAUAGAAAAAUAUGUUAGUAUUGCAUAUAACGAAAAUUUAAUACUCACAGACGACCUGGGAAAGUGUCUGCAUGCAUUAGCAUGUUUCCCCAGACGUAGUUUGUUAAAAAAAUAAUUGUGGUUUGAUUCGGAAUCUUAUUCAAAUAAACAAUUUGGAUGUCGGAGACUUAUGUCUCAGCUCAAUUGGUUAAAUCAGUGUCCGUAGAACACGAAUAGGCGGAUUCCAAUCCCCCUGUGGUCAGAUUUUUAAAAUGUUUCAUUAAAUUUGUUUUCUCGUUUGGGGGUUCACAAUUAUUGUUUUUUAUUUCGUAUGGAUAAUUUUGGAAUUUGUUUGAGGAUUGUCAAAGAAUUUAAUACGAAAAUUAACCAACUAUAAUUCAAAUAAAUUGAAACCAAUAAAAAAUAAAAUGAUGUUUAUAAAAAAACUAGCAGAGUCUUAUUGCUUAAAUUGCUCCAGAAAAAAUUGUUUGAAAUGAGGCUUACUUAGAAGUGAUGUGGGUACGAUAAAAUUGGAAUUUUGCCAAGCUUGACUUACAGACAUCCUGUAAAAAAUAGUUAAAAAAAUCCGUUCUUGUUAUGUAUUUUUUCCUUUCUCUAAUGUGUGAUAUAAUAUUUGCUUAAAGUAGUACUGUCAUUGCCAUUUAUUUUUUAUUUUUUUUUUUAGUUUUUUUUAACAUACCUAUUGUCCUAUUCUUACUCACUAUCCCCAUUAUAUCAUAUUACGAUUUUUUAUUAUUGUUUAUCUUUUAUACUUAAGUGAAUAAGAGGGUAAGCAUCCCAAGAAGAAUUUUGCCAAAUAGGUUUCUUUAAGUCACAUAUAUACAUCAGCUAAAAACGUUUUUUUUUUUGUUUAGAAAAUGAAUUAACUUUUCAAAUAUAAAUAUUACAAAAAAUAAUAUCAAAGAGAUGUGUCCUUUAUUGUUGGGUGAGAAAGAAGUAUUUUUGUUGGAUACCGACCGUUAAAAAUUGGCGUUUGUUAUAAGAGCUGUAUUCAAAUUAAAUAAUGCAGAAAUUCAGUAAGUAUAAAAACCACAAGUAACUUUUAAAGUAUUUGUUUUAACAAUUUCCAGGUAAUUAAAGAUGGUUCUUUACCUUCUAUCUGAAUUAGGGUGUGGUUCAAAGCCAAGUCGUUCUGAAAGGUCAUUUUCUAUCCCAUUAGGUUAAUAUUGGCAUUUUAUGUGAAUGAGUUUCCUCCUCCUCUUCACAUUUUCUACAUAGGAAAUCGUCAGAUAUCCUUUAGAGAUUUGGGUGUCUUCUAAGGCCGCAAUGUUACAUAAAUAGUUCUAUUGCGGUCUUUUGCUAAGGUUAGUACCCUUCCGGUAAGUCUGGAGUUUGGGUCCUUUAAUGAUAGUAUCAAUUUCAGUGCUCUGUGAUUAUGAUGAAUUUUGUGUUGUAAACAUAACUUUGGAAUGUUUUGACUCAUUAAAUGAUAUCUAGCAAUUAUUUCU